ACCGUUUUACCCCUUGAAAGUUUACCCGUAAUACCUCACCACCAGGCACCAGGUCGGUAUAUAUUAUGGCGACUUUGGACUUUUAUCCUUUCUGAUUCAAACAAAAACACCUUAACGAAACUUGCUCCACUCUCGAUCUUCAUUGAAAUUUCACCUUUGCACGGUCUGAGUCGCGUCUGUCUACUUCGACCCCUCCCAUAGAUAGAUACUGUCUCUACUCGGGAAAAUGCAGAAAACGGAAGAAUUAAGGCUGAAAGAAAAUCGGUCAGAGAUUACAAAGGGCCCUCCGAUUUGGGAUUGUGGAAGCUCGCUGUAUGAUUCCUUUGAGAGGAAAGCGUUUGAAAAGCAACUCGAUUCCGCCAUAUCUUCAAGGACUCUCUCGAUGCCUCAUUUAUCCGAUCGCCGCCUUCAACCGCCGCCGCCGCCAGGCCAGCAAAUUUCGAACAAAAAACCAUCGAAGUUGUCGCGGUCUUUUCAAAAGCUACUCCGAUCUGUUUUCAGACAGAAGCAGAAUAAAUCAGGCGAAGGAUUUUAUGUUGCUUAUGAUACGUCCAGUACACUUUCCACGAUUCCAGAGGCACCGGAGUUUGAUGGAAUUUCGCCGGAAAUUAGGUCUUUGGUAAGAAGAACGGCCUCCGACAGAUUCACGGCGACUUCUAUUGAGAUUUAUUGUGUCUGAUGACGCAUACAAGUUGAUAUCUUUGUAAAUUUUAAUGGCAAUAUACUAAUAUGUGCAGUAUUAGGCAUUUCUGGUAUGUUCUGAACGAAGAUGAACAGUAUCUUAUUUAGUAUUGUGUACUAUACAUAAAAAAAAAAAAAAAAAAAAAAGGGUUGAUACCCAACCUUGAGAGCCCCUAAUCGUUCCGUCCCUAGAACUUUGUGCUUAAGGUAAAUCGCGGAAUGUGCUUUUGCAGGCAAGAAAAUAAAAGUUGUCUGUACACUAAAUUUAUAAGGAGUUCAAUUUCAUA